AUGACAUCUGAUGCUACUUCGAAGUCAAACACAACAGUUGACGCUCAUCAACAAGCGAUCGUUGAGAACAAACGAGCUUUUGAUGAAGCAUUUGCUCAAGUGUAUGAGAAGCGAGACUCGCAAGUCUUGCUUAGUUAUUUGUUUGCUAAACACAUGUUGGAAUUUGAUUUAUGUGUUCCAGUUAAGAGAAAGAGUUUGGAGGAAUCGGAGCCAUUGUUGGGUGAUGCUCAUUUACCAUUGAACGGUUUCACUAAGAAAGAUAUAUUGCCCGAUCCAAGCACUUAUUCGGAUAAGUACCCAAAAUCAAUUUUCCGUCCUGGUAUGAAAUUGUUGGAUUUUGCUUGUGGUACGGGAAUGGUUACUGAGUUAUUUGUUCCUUAUCUCACAGGAAGUGGUGAUGAACCGAGGAGUGAGAUUGCUGGAAUUGAUAUUGGAUCUACGUUCUUGAAGUACUUUAAUGAGAGAGCUGCCAAGUUUAGUAACGACAAGGUGUCGAUGAAGUCAUUUGAGUACGAUGUUCUUGAUCCAAAUUUACAAUCGGAAUUGACAAAGUUUAAUAAUUACUUUGAUGUUGUAUUCUCAACUAUAUCUUACCACCACAUCCACAAUUAUCAAGAAGUUACUAAGAAAAUUGCUGAAUUCUUGAAACCUGGCGGAUGGAUGUUUAUCAUAGAUUUCUACAAUGAAGAUGUUGAACAGGUUGAUUCAUUGUCCAAUCAGAAUAGAGACAUAGCCCACGGUGUUCAACAUAUGGGAGGAUUAAAGAUUGAUAAAUUGAAUCACACAUUAGGUGAUUUGGCGGGAUUGAUAAAUGUGUCAAGUGCUAGAGAAUUUCGGACUAGUUUAUGGCAACCACGUGAAUUCGUUUUAAACCAUUCGAAACAAUCAAUGGUUGAUAGCAUGAAUGCUGGUGAAUUGGAAGAAAAGGAAAUUGAUGGACAAGUGAAUUAUUUAAUUGAGACUAGUUUGGUUUACGCGGUUGGGCAAAAACCAGAAACAAAGUAG